CAUUGUUUCUCUAAUUAACUGUCAUCAACCAGACAUUGUCUAAAAAUACACACACUAUCCUUCUAUUUCCCACCUACGUUUUAAUUUUCCCUUUGGAAUUUUUAAAUACACAUCGUGGUAAGCAAAAGCAAAUAGUAUAUAACAAACCACGACACUUGCUCAUCAGAAAAGCCAAACCUUACGCGAAGGCUAAUAAGAGAGGGCAACAACAAGAGCGAAAGAGCAGAAUAAGGUGCCUCUCUCUAGGACUGAUUCGCUUCAAUCGCAGCAUCUAUCUCCUUCCCCCUCUAACCCCCUUUCUCUCUCUCUAUCUAUAUAUCUUCUCUCUCUCCUGUGACACAGCCACAGCCAAAACGCGGAGCAAGAAUUUUGUAGGUGAUUACAAAGCCACCCAACGGUGCUGCUCCCAUCACCAUUUCUUUUGUUUCUCAAUCAUGUCUUCCUUCUCCUUCCCCUUAUAAGCACCGCUUCUUCCUCUCCUUCACAUUCCUCUCGCCCUUUUCAAUUCUUCCCCUGCUUCAUCUUCUCAGCUGCCAUGGCAGUUCAAGCUCAAUACCCAUCCAAUAUUCUCCUCCUCAACAGAAACGAACAGGAGGGACAUGAUUAUUCGUUGCAGCCACACCCAGGAGGGCUCCUUGAUCAGUCCCAUAUCUUUUUCAACAAUGGAGCAGGUACUAAUUCUCGCAAGAGAGGAAGAGAAGCAGCGGCAGCCACCUGCGUCGCCCAAACAGCCCCUAACGGUGUUAAUCUCUUCUCUUUGCAAUCCCAGCCUCCUCAGCUCGUCGAACUCUCUCAGCUCCACAACCACCAACCAAAUGUGGUCUCCACAGGCCUCCGAUUGUCCUUCGGCGACCAUCAACAACAGCAACAGCAACAACAAAGACUACAAUUACAGCAACAACGCCAAAGCCAACAACAACAUCAACAAGCCUGUCAGCCCUAUGCUUUCUUAUCUCUAUUAUCGGAAGGAUUUGCCUCCCAAAUCAAACAACAGCGCGAUGAGAUUGAUCAAUUUCUCCAAGCCCAGGGAGAACAAUUGCGAAGAGCAUUAGCCGAGAAGAGGCAGAGGCAUUAUCGUGCACUUCUAAGCGUGGCGGAAGAAUCAGUGGCCCGGCAGUUGAGAGAGAAGGAGGUUGAGAUGGAAAAGGCAACGCGCAGGAAUGCCGAGUUAGAAGCGCGCGCGGCGCAACUUACCGUGGAGGCGCAGGUUUGGCAGGCGAAGGCGAAGGCGCAGGAGGCGACGGCGGCGUCUCUGCAAGCGCAACUGCAACAGGCUAUGUUGAGCGCGGGUGCGCAGGAUAGAGUGGGAGGGUGUUUCGGGGAGGACGGAGGGCUAUCCUGCGCGGCGGGCGCCGGGCCAGGCCAACCGGAGGACGCCGAGUCAGCGUAUAUUGACCCGGACAGGGUCGUGGCAUCGGGACCAAAAUGCAGAGGCUGUGGGACGCGACUGGCAUCGUUGGUGGCAUGGCCGUGUCGGCACUUAUGCAUCUGUCCGGAAUGCGAUGCGCAUUUCCAAGCGUGUCCCGUAUGCCUCGCCGUCAUCAAUUCAACCGUUGAAGUCUUUCUCUCUUAGGCUCCAACGCUAUUGCUUCCGUCCAAUCCUUGUCCAUACCAAUGGCCUGGUAAGAGGCCCAACUGAAAAAUUAUAUAAAUAAUAAUAAUAUUAACCUUCGAGAGAUGGUUUGGAUUAGAUUUUCUUGGCCGUCCGAGACUUGAGAAAUCCUUUUUUUUUUCUUUUUUCGUAUUUACUUUUGAAGUCCCCUCUUGGAGUAGAGAAACCUAGAGGUGUUGUACAUGGCCACAUUAGCCACUUUUUUGGGGGGUACUGGUUCUUUGUUUUGGAAAUUCAAUUGAUGAUAUAUUCUUUCAUUUCAUUAUAUGAUUUGUUUGCUCUCAUUGGUUUUAUUUCGAAAUCUACAUUGCUGUGGAAGGAAGUGAAAUCUUCGAUCUAGAUGUCUGAAAUGCUGCAUUAGCUUGAAUCAGAAUUUUGUUGAGCGGACUCAAUUCAUUUCAUGCACGUGACAUGAACAUGCAGAGCGCGGCGUUUCGCAGACAUGAUUAUUUAUUUGAAGGUUAAUUUAGUUUCAGUUCCAAGCUAGGUGUAAUGAAUAGGUUGGACAGAGAAUAGUUUCGUUCCGUGUGAACAAAAUAAGUUCUUUCUUCGUUCCAUUGGCUCCACCGUUGGGUGGGAAAAGUACAGUGUGCUCAUAUUUUGAGUGAAGCAUUGAUUGAUGAAUUUGUUUAGGGAAUCA